AUGAAUCUUAUUGUUGGGAACCACUGGUUUAAGGGAUCUAAACGGGUAGGGAAAGCUGAGCGGAAUGAGAGGAACUUAAAGCCUUCACUUGUUCUCGAGCUUCUGAUUGGGUGUGGAGAACUGCUCAAGUCGUUCAAGUGUCAGGCAGUGUAUGAUGAUCGUAAUGAAACCCGUAAGCUGGAUCAACAAUUCAUCCGGACCUACGAGAAGCUUUGUUACAUGCACAAGUUAACCACUCCAGACACCGUUGAGUUAUUUGCUGUACAAAACAGUGGGACUGCUGUUUCAUGUGUAGACAUCCUUCCAUAUGUGUGUACAGCCUUACUUGUGUUUGUUAUGCUUCGAAUGUGUUGAAGAGUUAAGACAAUCGUCACCCAGUUUUUAAAGUGCCUAGUAUUUG